UAUGGCUUUCCCUCUGUUUAGCGAAGAAACAUGACCGGCGGUUGUGAGUGUUUCGCUAAACUCAAAAGUUUUUAUCCUUAUGUCUCAUUUUUGCUCACAACGACGCAGUUUUAAGGUAUUCUAGGCGUGGGUGGUAAGCAACUGGGUUUUCUCCUCCCUGUUGGUCGCUGGAGGAGGAGGGGUUGCGAUAUCUUUUCAAGCUAGCGAAAGGCACUACGCAGCCACGUUUAACAAGUUUAAUUUGUGUCUAAAGUGGUCAAAGUUGUCAUGAAGUCAGUCCGGGGAACAACUACAAUGUGUGUGUGUGUGGGGGGGCGACUGCGUUUAUUGUAGUAUUGAAUAUGUUUUGCACGCAGUACAUUCCGCGCACUUAACGUUAGCAUGCCCCAAGAUCACAGCCUUGUAGGAGCUAGCGAGGCACGGCAAUGUGUCUCAAUAUCAUCUGCCUAAAGUUGCUUAGUAUGUGUAUUUUAACGUCGGCGGGGCUAUUGGGUGUCAUUUUAGUGGACAGUAACUUGCUGUUGACUUUGCUUAACUAUUGUUACCAUCGUGAAAAAAGUUGUCGGUUGCUCACACAAUCCUACCACUGUUGUGUCUAAACUCUGACAAGCUUCCUCUGUGAGUGCAACCGGUCGAAAAGGCAGAAAAGAGGAAACCGAGGAAAUCCCCCUAAAGGAAAUGCCAAUCGCAGCCACUGGCCAGCCGACGACUCAAGAGCCCAGAGUGUGCCCCUGGCUCCCCUCCACCCCUGACCCGGUCCCUAAAGGGGCUGAUCUAUUCGAAGAGGCGGGGGCGACCGAGUCGUUGGAGCGAACGGAGUACGGGGACGCAGAGGGGGGCAGAGGAGUCAGGGACUAUAGUUACAGCCAUAGUGACAUUCGGAGCUUACAGCCCGCAUCCAACAGCUCUCCGCCGCAGUCCCCAGCUGCUUCCCCCUCUGUUCUCCUCCACCCCCUCCACAGCCACCAAAUGGCAAUGGAGCCCCCAAGGACUCGAUCGCGUUCCCGGUCUGGAUAUUACCAGCAUUAUAAUGGUGGGAGUGGAAUUACUGGCAGCGGAGUAAUAGGAACUAACCAGCAGCAUCCCCAGCAGCAGCAGCAGCUGCAGCAGCACGGUGCGGGUGGUUGCGCUCCGUUUGGGGCUCACAGCAGCCAAGCAGAGAACCAGCAGAGAACCCCGGGAGGUAACGCUUCCCCGGGUAUCCAGAGGCUUCCCUCCGUUCCUGGCGCCCUCUGCAUCCCAACCGAAGGAGCCUCAGGUGGGUCUUACCAUUGCCAUCCAGAUCUUACAUAUGUGGACAAUGACAAGAGUGAGGAAAGCCCCAGUCCAAAGCGCCAGAGGCUGUCCGGUCAUGCUGUUUUGGAACAGCUAACUUCUUCUGCCCCACCGUCAUCGACCCCUUCUCCCCCCAUUCGCCCUUGGGAGUUGGGACCUCCGAGCAGGAGACAGUCACAUCCGCAUGCACAUUACCACCAAGAAAGAUCCCUCACACCCGCUCGCCACAGACGCAGCCCUCCGGUUAGGUGUCAGCGUGGUCGUCUCUCCAGACCUGCUUGCCACUUGCCUCCCCAUCAUCACCCCUUGACACAAGGCCCUGUACUCCACCCAUCGGCAUCGGAGCGCCAGGAUGAAAAUUUCCACCGCAACCUGCAUUCUUCAACACACCAGAUGUACCCAGCGCACACCUACAGUCAACCCCCCACACAUGGAAGUGGGGGUUCAGAAGAUCACAGAGCCUUCCGUCCCCCCACCUUGUCUCCCCGAUUACUGCACCCAGCUGCACAUCACCACCAUCAGCAGCAACCGCAUCAUCCAACAUCCCAGCAGGGGGCCAUGGUCAUGGACUUGCAUGAACAGCUUCAGCAGGGCAGCGGAGCAGUCUCCUACACUGUGACCCCUGUCACACCUCAUGGCCUCACAGCACCGCUGUGUAACGGUCAACACCUUCCCCCUAGCUGCUCUUCACAACAACAGGUUCCUGCCUGUAGUGUGGUAUUCAGUACUGGACAACACUAUCACCCGAUGCUGCAGGCAUGUUCAAUGCAACAUUUGCCAGUGCCCUAUGCCUUUCCCUCUCUGCUAUCCAGCGACCCUCAGUUCCUUCUUUCCCCUCCACACCAUCUGGCUCAUCACCCACCACACCUCCACACCCACAGCCAGUUCUUGCCAUUUCAAACACAACAGCAACGAUCGCCUUUACAGAGGAUUGAAAAUGAGGUUGAACUUCUAGGAGAGCAGCUCUCGCUCAGUGGAGGAUUUGGCUAUGGCCAUCACCACCAUCGCCACCAUCACCAGCCUCCUUCUACACUUCCACCCACCGCACCACUCCAGUUUCUUUCACACCAUGAACCCCUGUCACAAGAGCUCUUCACCGUACCCUAUCCUCACUUCUUGCCACGGCGAUUCACCAGCCGACGCUACCCCGCUCGUUCCCAGCAAGCUGUGCCCCCUUCAAGCUUUCACCCAAGCUUCCUCCCAUACUUCCUGUCCAUGCUUCCUGUCCCACAAAACGUAGCUCCCGCCAUCAGUCUGGAGCUUGAUGUUGAUGAUGGAGAGGUAGAAAACUAUGAGGCCUUGCUGAACCUUGCAGAGCGUCUUGGAGAAGCCAAGCCACGUGGCCUAACUAAGGCCGAUAUAGAACAACUUCCAUCAUACAGGUUCAACCCCAACAACCACCAGUCUGAGCAAACACUGUGUGUGGUCUGCAUGUGUGACUUUGAGUCCCGCCAGCUUUUAAGGGUUCUGCCCUGUAAUCAUGAGUUUCAUGCCAAGUGUGUAGACAAGUGGCUUAAGGCUAAUCGAACCUGUCCUAUCUGUCGAGCUGAUGCAUCUGAGGUUCAGCGAGACUCUGAGUGACACCCACCCCCUCCUCUCUCGCAAUUUUGGUUAUGCCAGGCAAAUGGUGAUCCUCACUCCAGUUCUCACGCACAUAAAUGGGACUCGUAUUCUUUCAUCACACCUCCAAAAGGACUGUGAACAGUACACUUUUCUUAACAUGUUGCUUUAAAUUGGGAAUAAUAAACCCCUGACACUGCUCUGCCUUCUGUGCACUCUUUACUAAAAAUGGCCUUUGAAACAUGCACAGCAAAGACAUUGCAUUAGUAGAAAACAAAGUUCUGUUUACAUGUAACAAACUUUGUGGGAGGAAUUGCAGUCCAAAGAUUUCUUUGUUGCUGUUCUAGUGGAAUGUUCUGUAAGUACUUCCAUCUUUAAUAGCACAAACUGUCCUCUCUGCUCAUUGCAAUUGGCAUAGUCAGUUAAUUUGUAUUUCUGUGUGUGUAUUUUAGCAUUCCUCUAUGUGAUAUCACUCAGUAUGGCCUGCGAAAAUAUAUUGUACACUGUGAUUUAACCGUGGAAAGACCUACUUUGGAACAACAAUAAUACACGUAAUGUACACAUACAAUAAUGUACUUUAUGGUCUGUAAGCCUGUGUAUUUUUCUGUCUCCUCCUUUAGGGAGAGCCUGUGCCACAGUGCCACACUCUUCAGUACCCCCUAAACACACAAUGAUAUGCUCUCUGUCAGGUUAAUGCUCUAAUGCCAUACUGUAUAUCAUGUUCAUUAAGGCUUUAUGGUGUACCUUAUGACUAUCACAAUUGUUAAUUUGGCUCAAUAUAGCAUCCAAACAAAUGCUUUAUAGAUGGUGGUGAACAAGUGUUCACAUGCAUUUGCAUUUCUUUGCAAUACAAUUUGCACCAGACGUGAUCACGCUGACGUAUUAUCUAAUUUUGCCUUCACAAACUGCGUGUGCGCACGCGUGUUCAACUGAUCCACUCUUCAUCACUCAUGUCAAGCCUGUGAAAAAGAUUUUUUUUUUUUUUGGAUAAACGAAAAAGGGGACGGGAUGUAUCCAGUGUGUUUUUCAGUUGUAUUGAUGUACUGUUUUCUGUUGCUUGGUACAGUAGCAAUUACCUCAGUCCCACUAUUUAUGGCUUUCCAGACAAUGUUGCAACCAUGUUAUUGCAUUUUGCUGUCUUUUUUCCAUGCAACUUCUUUUUUCUCACUAUGAAACACUUAAUAUAGUGUCAUAGUUACAAUAUGUAUUUUAUCUGUAACCAAAAUCAUUUGAAAGUCUGUAAUGUUGAUGAUGAUGAAUUUUCUAACACAUUUGUACAUUUUGUAUGAGUUAUUACUAGUUAUACUUUAUAAAGUAGUGCAAUGGUUUCCUUAAUCCCUUACCUUGUCUUUUGUAUUACAAAAGAUGGUUCGAUAAUAAAUGUAUCACAUUA